GUGGAAAGCCCUCUUAGCAGAGACGAUGCGAACGCUGUCGCGCGCGUCGAACAGACCAAAGGAGCGAAGAGUCACGGAAAAGUGCUCAUAUCCGAGCUGAGCGAGCGAUUUCAAUCUAACCGCCAGUAAAGACUCGCGGGACGUCGGAUUCCUGUGAACACAAGGAUGCGGUGCCGCCAGUUUUUUGGACCGUGUUCGAUUGGGAUCUACCUAUGGAUGGCGGUCCUUUUCAAAGGGUCCCUACAGGGGGAGCACCAGCGCAGACUGUACAAGGAGCUGAUGGCCAACUACAACCGUCUGGAGAGACCAGUGAUCAACGACUCCUCUCCUCUUCUGGUGGAGCUGGGAAUGACUCUGCUGCAGAUCAUAGACGUGGAUGAGAAGAACCAGGUCCUGAUGACCAACGCAUGGUUACAGCUGUACUGGACUGAUGUGUACCUGAGCUGGAAUCCAGAGAACUACCCCGGGGUUCAGAACCUACGUUUCCCCUCCAGCCAGAUCUGGACCCCUGACAUCCUCCUCUACAACAGUGCUGAUGAGAGAUUUGAUGCCACCUUCCACACCAACGUGCUGGUGAAUGCGUCGGGUUACUGCCAGUACAUCCCCCCGGGCAUCCUGAAGAGUACCUGCUAUAUCGACGUACGCUGGUUCCCCUUCGACGUCCAGAAGUGUGACCUGAAGUUUGGCUCGUGGACCCACAACGGCUGGCUGCUGGACCUGCAGAUGCUGGACGUGGACACGUCUACCUACAUACCCAAUGGAGAGUGGGACCUCGUGGGAGUCCCUGCCAAGCGUAAUGAGCUGUACUAUGACUGCUGUAAGGAGCCCUACCCUGACGUCACCUUCACCGUCACCAUGCGAAGACGAACCCUAUACUACGGUCUCAACCUGCUCAUCCCCUGUGUCCUCAUCUCUGGCCUGGCCCUGCUGGUCUUUCUGCUGCCCGCCGACUCCGGAGAGAAGAUCUCCCUGGGUAUCACGGUCUUGCUCUCUCUAACAGUCUUCAUGCUACUGGUUGCUGAGAUCAUGCCCGCCACCUCAGACUCUGUGCCUCUCAUCGCUCAGUACUUUGCCAGUACAAUGAUGAUAGUGGGUCUGUCUGUGGUGGUGACUGUUCUGGUCUUGCAGUUCCAUCACCACGACCCACAGGGCGGCAAGAUGCCCAGAUGGGUCAGGGUGGUGCUGUUGAACUGGUGUGCAUGGUUUCUGCGAAUGAAACAGCCAGGUGAGGAGCGCAAACCCGCUGGCUACCAGUACCGCCACCCUCCCCAGCAACAUUCCAGCGCCAGCUCCAUCGAGAUGGGACCUAUGGGCACCGUGAUGGGCCUCACCCCGCCCCUCUCCCAGGCCCCCUGCUCCACUGGCACUUCCAACGGCAGCAUGGGCCUCUACUUCAGCUACAACGCGGCGGAGAGCCCCCGCUGUCCCAGCGACUCAGGCGUGGCGUCGGGGGGACUGGCCCAAGGGACCCCCUGCGAGGAGGCUGAGCCCCCAGGGGGAGGUGCUGGAAGAGGGAGAGGAGGUGGUGGAGGAGGAGGGUUGAUCUUUACUCCUCCAGAAGUCUUUCAGAUCCUGGAGGAGGUGUCGUAUAUCGCCCAGCGCUUCAGGGACCAGGAUGAGGAAGUGGCGAUCUGCAGCCAGUGGAAGUUUGCUGCUGCCGUGGUGGACAGGCUGUGUCUGGUGGCCUUCACUCUCUUCUCCAUCAUCGGCACCUUCACCAUCCUCAUGUCUGCUCCCAACUUCUUGGAGGCCGUGACCAAGGACUAUCUAAAGAAAUAGUGUCAAUAUAUUAAACCGUAUAGGCCAGUUUCCCCAGACACAGAUUAAGCCUAGGCCUGGACUAAGAACCACUUUCAAUGGAGAAUCUCCAUUCAGCUUUGUAGUACAGGACUAGGCCAAUGCUCUGUAUGGAAAACAAGCCUUACAUGUUCUAUCCAGAUUACUCUGGAGUAUAUUUGAGAAAAUCAAUUUGAAUGUAAAUAGAUGUACACUGAACAUCAAUGCAAGGGUUCUCCAUAGUCCCUCUCCUCUGCUUAGAUCCAGCUUAACUGAGGUUGUUCCUGUUUGUUGCCAUGCCAUCCAGAUAUCUCAUUGUAAUAUCUACUCGACCUUUGAACUUUGGAUUACUGGACAUGCAUUCUACGACAUGUAGAACUUUACUGGACAUUCUGGACUUUGUGACAUUAUGUAGCAUUGUUAAAGUAACUGUGUAAAUACAGAGAUGUUUCACUGUGACUAUGACCUUCUUAUCGUAUUCUAACCAUUUUACUUUCACCAUAUUAUAAGUUUGCGUACUGUACAUACACACCGUUUACUUUUUGCUUGGCGAUUCUAAAUAGCAGCUAACUUUGUCACGGGUGUAGAAGUAGUUAGGUGUUCUCUAGGUCCACAAAUGACGUCAUUAACUCCGACAUUGACUGUGCCACUCUGUGAUAACAGUGAAUGAUUUGUGACGUCAUGGUGUAAGACUCACAUGUACAUUAGAAGCUCGACCUUCAACAACCUGCAACAACAGGAGCUAUGGAAACAAACCACUGGACAACGACAUGACCAUGCGACUAUCAGUGGAUACUGAACUACUGCACCGGCUACUAGACGGAAGAAACUCCUGCUGAGAUGGAGGCUGCCCUAAUAUAAAAGGGUGGCGGGUAGCCUAGCAGUUAAGAGUGUUGGGCCAGUAACCGAAAGGUUGCUGGUUCGAAUCCCCGAGCCGACUAGGUGAAACAUCUGUCGAUGUUCCCUCUGGAUAAGAGCGUCUGUUAAAUGACUAAAAUGUAGUAUGUACACCGUAAUUCCCCCAUAAUCAGACAACUACAAUAGAUCCACGUAGUAUUAGUAAUUACAAUCAGUUGAUAUGACAUGUGUUGAAUAUAGGGGAAUGAAUAUAGUGGUGUUACAUUAACAUGGAGGAUGUCUGUCUCUCGUGAUUACCUCUGACCACAUAAAGGUAGAGGUUACUAUGACUAAAGAUCACAGGGGCGGAUACUUCCUGUUUUUAUUGAUUGAAACAAACUCAGAUGUCAUGUUUUGUUUUAAUGUGGUAUUAUUAUCCAUAAAGACCAUGGUAUGUGAAAGCUCUCAGGGCAGAUAGUUACGUUCAAUGACUUAUCGACUGCCUGUCAUGUCAGAGAGUGAGUCCGUGCAUCUAUCUUUUUCUAUGAAUAACCAUUGUUACUGUGUACUGAACAUAUUCCCCCCACCCCACAGUCAGUCUUCCUCUGUUGUAUCGGUUGUCACACUGCUGUCCUUCUCUUCCUGUGAUUUCGUUGCACUUCCCUAAUAAACCUCCCAUGUAGCCUAAGAAAAGGUCAACCUGGACUAUCCAUAUGGGCAUGAAUGGGACAGGAGAGGGUCUGACUGGGUGUAUAUGUGACCGACCGCCUUGAUUCGGUCUUAUGUAGCACAAUUUGAAACUGUUUUUUUUUAAACAUUUGAUAAAAGCAGAGACUCAGAGCUACAAAAUGGUAUGUCAUACACUGCAUUUGAGGAACAAUGGGAAAGUAAUUCUGCUUUGAAAGUUGACAAGCUUGUAACCUCCCUUUUGAGAAAAUGGCCUUUGAAUGUUUUGGUACCUACUGGAGAGCUCUUCUUUGUCUACACCCAUUCAUCAUCGUUCACACCCUCUCAAGCUUUAGCCACACUCAUCUCUUUAAUGGUUGAUCCGAGUGUUCUGUCCUAACACCAACAGUCAAGCUAUCAAGCUAACUGGCUAACGUUGGCUGGCUUGCUAGGUACUUCCAGACACAAAUGAGAGAACUGCUCGCCCUUUCAGAGCUGGUUAGGCUGUUUUUAUGUUAUCCAGAGCGUUGAUGAAAGCAACUGUGUUGCUGGCAACAAUUUACGCUUUUUUGCCAAUGUUUACUGACACCGGCCAUAUUAAACGGGUGUUGAGCGUUCGUAAAUUCAUCAGUUAUUCUGCGAUCUGGCACACAGAUGAGAGUGCUCUGAAAUCGGAGUAGAUAGCCAGAGCGAAUUUUCCAGAUACGUUUAUCAACAGUUGUCGCAGUGACAUUCUAUUGAAAUAUUUACUUGCAUAGUGGAGUCUUUUGUUAAGACAUGUAGCU